GAGAGAGAGAAGUGGUAGGGUCUCUUCACAUGAACAACCCAUUGAAGCAUACAGGGUUUAUAUUGUUAUUUCCUUUUCCAAAACCUAAUAGAAAAAAUCACAAUUAGGCCUUUUUGACGAAUACAUGUGGAUCGCUACACAACAAACUCGGACGAAUUACACGCCAGAUUUGCAACAGUCGCAACAGCUAUGUCGACCGAUUCAAUUCGUCAUUUCUCCGUAAUGUUAAUUUAUAUACACACAAUACAUAUAUAUAUAUAUAUAUAUAUUCCAUUAUAUAUAUCUUGUUCUUGAUUAGUUGAGCUCCUCCACGCUCUCCAUAGAAAAAGCAGGCAAUUCACAGAGCCUAAUCUUUACAGCUAUGGUUGACCGUAGAAAUCAACGUAAGAAUGUUCUCCUUUUAGCAUAUCAGAGUUUUGGCAUAGUGCACGGAGACUUGAGCACUGGCCCCCUUUAUGUUUACAUAAGUACAUUUUCUGGAAGAUUACAUAAUUAUCAAACCGAGGAUGCAGUUUUUGGGGUAUUUUCUUUGAUAUUUUGGUCUCUUACGCUUCUUUUACUGCUCAAGUAUGUCAUCAUAACGUUGACUGCAGAUGAUAAUGGUGAAGGAGGACCAUUUGCUUUGUACUCUCUCCUUUGCAGACACGCAAAAUUCAGUUUGCUUCCUAAUCAUCAAGCUGCAGAUGAGGAGAUUAGCACGUAUCAUCCUCUUGGAUACUCAAGUAGGAACAUACCUUCCUCGGCAUUUAAAAGGUUUAUUGAGAGGCAUAAAAAGAUGAAAACUGGUAUACUUCUCAUGUUAUUGUUUGGCGCUUCCCUGUUGAUAUGUGAUGGUAUCCUCACACCUGCAAUUUCGGUGUUAUCAUCCGUUAAAGGGCUGCAAGUUUAUGCUGCAAGAUUUCAAGACCAUAUGGUGGUUUUUAUUGCCUGUGCUGUAUUAGUUGGCCUCUUUGCAAUGCAGCACCACGGUACGCACAUGGUGGCCUUCUUAUUUGCUCCAAUUAUAAUCCUAUGGUUGCUAUCCAUUGCUGCUGUCGGGAUCUACAAUAUAAUUGAGUGGAACCCAAAAAUAUACCGUGCACUUUCUCCGUAUUAUGCCUACAAGUUCUUUAGGGACACAGGAAAAGAUGGUUGGCUUUCUCUAGGAGGAAUUCUUCUUUGUAUCACAGGAACUGGAGCUAUGUUUGCAAACCUUGGCCACUUCACAUCUGCAUCGAUAAGAGUUUCGUUUUCUUGUGUUGUUUACCCCUGUCUAGUUCUUCAAUAUAUGGGGCAGGCUGCAUUCCUUUCAAAGAAUUUUUAUGCAAUAUCUUCAAGCUUCUAUUCUUCAAUUCCGGAUCCCAUAUUUUGGCCAGUUUUUGUCCUGGGAAAUCUCGCUGCGGUUGUUGCCAGCCAGGCUGUCAUCUCUGUCACAUUCUCAAUUGUCAAACAAUGCCAUUCAUUGGGCUGUUUUCCCCGCAUCAAGGUUCUACACAAGGCAAGAUGGAUUGAUGGUCAGAUGUACGUCCCAGAAAUGAACUGGAUCCUCAUGAUUCUCAGUGUGGCUGUCACGGCUGGUCUACAUAAGAUAUCACUUAUUGGGAAUGCUUAUGGUAUUGCAUGCAUAGCUGAAGCAUUUGUCACAACAUGUUUGAUGUCAUUGGUGAUCAACUUUGUGUGGCAAAAGAGUUUCAUACUUUCCCUUUCAUUCCUCCUACUCUUUGGGUUUGCCGAGGCCAUCUAUCUCUCAUCUUCUUGUAUGAAACUUCAUCGAGGCGGAUGGGUUCCUCUUGUGCUAUCUUCAGUCUUCCUCAUAAUCAUGUAUGUGUGGCACUACGGCACCCGGAGGAAGCAUUUAUUCGACAUGCAAAGCAAGGUGUCCAUGAAAUGGAUCCUUACAUUAGGUCCAAGUCUUGGGAUCAUUAGGGUUCCAGGAAUUGGCCUUAUCUACACAGAACUAGUAACUGGAAUCCCAGCCACAUUCUCCCAUUUUAUGACCAACUUGCCGGCUAUUCACCAAGUGAUCAUCUUCGUCUGCGUCAAAUCUGUUCUCGUUCCUUAUGUACCCCAUAAAGAGCGGUACCUCAUUGGUCGAAUCGGCCCCAAAGAUUAUCGUUUGUACCGUUGCAUCGUCCGGUAUGGAUACCUAGACGUCCACAAGGAUGAUGAAGAUUUCGAAAACCAUCUCGUGAUGUGCAUAGCAGAAUUCAUCAAAAUGGAAGCUGAAGGUUCCGCAGCGAUUGAAGGGUCAGUGGAUGGUUGGAUGGCGGUCGUGAGGACGUCAGAGAAAUUCGGGACGAGAUUGGUAACAUCAGAUCGCAUUACAUCCGAAGAAACCAGAAGUUCAAGCACUGCCACCACUAUACCCAAUGGCAAGUCCGCCACACUACAGAAAUUGCAGGCAAUGUAUGAGCAUGAAUCGCCCCAUUUGAUCCACAGACGCCGAUUGCAGUUUAAUUUGCCGUAUACGGAUGAUCAUAUGUAUCCGCAUGUUAAUGAAGAGCUUUGUGAACUUUUGCAAGCUAAGCGUGCUGGGGUAGCAUAUAUAGUCAGCCAUUCGCAUAUAAAGGCGAGGAGGAAUUCGUCAUUCUUGAAGCAGCUUGUGUUCAAUCUGUACUCAUUCUUACGGAAGAACUGCCGGGCAUCAGCUGUGACCUUGACUAUUCCUCACAUUAGCUUGAUUGAAGUGGGAAUGAACUACCAUUUGUAAACGAAUCUCGCUCGUUUUGGUAGAUUCAGGUGUGACAUCUGAUAUGCAUUAGAAGGACGUGUUUUGGGGCAGCAAAAUGUAAACGCACGUGUAUAUGCUUGUAUUAGCAGAUCCCAUUUUAACAGGAAUCUUGUGGACUGUGUCUCUCUCUUUUUUCUUUUUUUUUUUUAUUUUGUGAGGUUUUUUUUAAGGCUUGGUUACUUAGCAAGGAGGGGAAGAGUUGCAUCCGAUUAACAUUCUUGUUUUUGUCUCAUAAAAUGCAUAUUGUGGGCGUAUUUGGAUUUAUGAUUGAAAUCACAACAAUAAAUUUUUUGUGCAAGUAAUUAUAACGAAGGAGAUCUUGCAUA